AUGUCGUACCCGGGUCCUCCAGGUUCGAAGCCAUCCCACCAUCCAUCAUCGCUCCCUCCGCGCCCGCCCGCCAGCAAGCUCUCCAGCUUCAAGCCCGCAUUCACCCCGGCGCAGGUAUCUUCCGCACCCGUCUCGCGCCCCGGGUACACAACAUCCACACCAUCCUACCCCAUCUACAGCCCGACAGCAGCCGCCGCGAACUAUGGCGCACCUCCCGGUCUAUCACCCUACGCGGGCGGUGGCGGCGGCCCUUCAGUACCCGCGAUAGGCGCCGGCCGAGGGAGCAGCUAUGGACAACCCGCCGUAUCAUACAACAACUAUGCGCCAGCGCAUACCUACGGACAACAGCCCUCUUACCACGGUGCGCCCGCGACCGGCAGCUACUCCACACCGCCGAGCAUCCGCAACCCUUUCCCCGCGCCGGAGAUCGCUCAGCAAAGCGCCGCCCCCGCAGCCGACUACGAGCAGGACAUGGCGGCGCAAAUAGCCCAGUGGCAGAGCGCGUACAUGCCCAAAGACCCCAACGACCCAGCCAACAAUCCAGCCGCUGCUGGCCCCGGUCGGGCGGGCGGUGCCGGCGGCGGUAGUGGUGGUGGCGCCAACACCCCAGGGUUAGUAGGGCAAGGCGCAACCGAGACCCCCCCGGGCGAGGUCGACCCCAACGAGAAGAAGAAGACCGUCUACCGCGAAGGCGGCGGCAAGAAAUGGCAAGACGACUCGCUUCUCGAGUGGGACCCGGCACACCUGCGCUUGUUCGUCGGCAACUUGGCCGGCGAAACAACCGACGAUUCCCUGCUCAAGGCCUUUGCGCGAUGGAAGAGCGUGCAAAAGGCCAAAGUCGUCCGCGACAAGCGCACGACCAAGAGCAAAGGGUUUGGGUUUGUCAGUUUCAGUGACCCGGAGGAUUUCUUCCAGGCGGCUAAGGAGAUGAACGGCAAGUACAUUCAGAGUCAUCCUGUUGUGGUGCGCAAGGCGAAGACGGAGAUCAAACCGACUGUGAUGAAAGAGGAGAGGAAGGGGAAGAAUAAUAGGAAGAAUAAUGGUGGCGGGAACAAGAGUGGGAAUGGGAGUGGGACAGGCGGUGGUGUGGCGGAUGGUACUGCGUAUGAACCACAUUUGGGACCGGCGAGAGGCAGCGGUAUAACCAAGCCGGGACAGAAGACUAAGGGCGGUCUUAAAUUGCUGGGUUGA